AUGAAGUACUUGGUGGCGCUUGACGGUUCGAAGGACGCAGAGAUGGCGUUCGAUGUGGUGCUGAGCAAGGCCACGCAGGAGGACCACGUCUUCCUGCUCAUGGUGGCGGAGGAGGUCUACAUCUCCACCGUCGCGGGGGCCUCGGCAUACAUCGACUACUCCUACAUCGUUCGAGCCAAUCAGAAGAUUGAAGAGGAAGGCAAAGCCCUCCUCAAGUCCUACGGACGCCGCCUGACGGAGCGAAAGGUGGCACACACGCUGCUGCUGGGCAAGGGCGACCCCAAGGACGUGGUGUGUCGUGAGGCUGAGGAGCGCGAGGUGGACAUCAUCGUCAUUGGCAGGCGCGGUCUGGGCAAGUUCAAGAGGCUGUUCAUGGGCUCGGUUAGCCAGUACUGCACCGAGAACGCCAAGUGUGCGGUGUGGGUCAUCAAGAGCCCACACGUCGCUGAGGUGGAAGCCGCACUGGGCCGUGGCCCUCAGGCUGCUCCAUCCGCCGCCGAAGUCUUGUAG